AUGCAUCCCAUCCCAACCAGCCAGGCUACAGAGUACCAUGCGACACUCCAGGUCUACAAAGAGCCAAGCGCCCACCACACAACAACUGUGACACGGUCAUUCUGCACGUUGACAUCUCCGCCAGUCACGCUGACGCCAGCAGCAGCCGUGAGCAAGGCCGUGUUGACCGUGAGACCGUUCGACGCUGUGACGAGGUCCGUCAUCGUGCUGACGCCCCCGACGGAGAGAUCGCCGGUCGUCAAGACGACACUCCCGCUUGCCAAGGUGACAUCUCCGCCAGUCACGCUGACGCCAGCAGCAGCCGUGAGCAAGGCCGUGUUGACCGUGAGACCGUUCGACGCUGUGACGAGGUCCGUCAUCGUGCUGACGCCCCCAACGGAGAGAUCGCCGGUCGUCAAGACGACACUCCCGCUUGUCAAUGUGACAUCUCCGCCAGUCACGCUGACGCCAGCAGCAGCCGUGAGCAAGGCCGUGUUGACCGUGAGACCGUUCGACGCUGUGACGAGGUCCGCCAUCGUGCUGACGCCCCCAACGGACAGAUCGCCGGUCGUCAAGACGACACCGCCGCUUGCCAAGGUGACAUCUCCGCCAGUCACGCUGACGCCAGCAGCAGCCGUGAGCAAGGCCGUGUUGACCGUGAGACCGUUCGACGCCGUGACAAGGCCCGUCAUCGUGCUGACGCCCCCGACGGAGAGAUCACCGGUCGUCAAGAGGACAUCGCCACUUGUCAAGGUGACAUCUCCGCCAGUCACGCUGACGCCAGCAGCAGCCGUGAGCAAGGCCCUAUUGACCGUGAGACCGUUCGACGCUGUGACGAGGUCCGUCAUCGUGCUGACGCCCCCGACGGAGAGAUCGCGACUGACCGUGAGACCGUUCGACGCUGUGACGAGGUCCGUCAUCGUGCUGACGCCCCCGACGGAGAGAUCGCCGGUCGUCAAGAUCACACCCCCGCUUGUCAAGGUGACAUCUCCGCCAGUCACGCUGACGCCAGCAGCAGCCGUGAGCAAGGCCCUAUUGACCGUGAGACCGUUCGACGCUGUGACGAGGUCCGUCAUCGUGCUGACGCCCCCGACGGAGAGAUCGCGACUGACCGUGAGACCGUUCGACGCUGUGACGAGCCCCGUCAUCGUGCUGACGCCCCCAACGGAGAGAUCGCCGGUCGUCAAGAUCACACCGCCGCUUGCCAAGGUGACAUCUCCGCCAGUCACGCUGACGCCAGCAGCAGCCGUGAGCAAGGCCGUGUUGACAGUGAAACCGUUCGACGCUGUGACGAGGUCCGCCAUCGUGCUGACGCCUCCAACGGAGAGAUCGCCGUUGACCGUGAGACCGUUCGACGCUGUGACGAGCCCCGUCAUCGUGCUGACGCCCCCAACGGAGAGAUCGCCGGUCGUCAAGAUCACACCGCCGCUUGCCAAGGUGACAUCUCCGCCAGUCACGCUGACGCCAGCAGCAGCCGUGAGCAAGGCCGUGUUGACCGUGAGACCGUUCGACGCAGUUGCAAGGUCUCCGAAAGUACUUACUCCUGAAACGCUGAGCGUCCCCGAUUGUACGAGAAUGUCUCCAUCUGUCAAGGUCAAGUCACCUAAAGUGAUUGCCAUGUCGCCGUCGGUGAUCGUCAUGUCUCCUUCAUCGAUAGUAGCUCCCACCGUUUCGAUGACGACCCCUCCGGCUACGACGCGGAGGCCGCCUGCUGUUAUGGUUACUCCUCCGGAAACAACUUCCGUCGGACCCGUAAUACUAGCUCCCCCACUUGUCACCGUGACCGAUUCCGAGCUGGUGAUGCUGCGGAUCUUGAGCAAGCCAGCCGUGGCGGUGACAUCCCCCGUACAAAUGAUGUCGUCGUCGACCGUCACAACAGCUGAACUCGUGACACCGGCCACCGAUAAUGUGCCAUUGUCGGCGAUGAUAGACCUGAUGACGAGAUCACACACCCAAGGCAUUUGGUCAUCAGGUUUGCGCUUGCGAGAUCUGCAAUAA